AUGGAUCCCUCUCCUACGCCGACACCAAAUCUCGUUGCAACAGCUUCUCGAUCACAACUCCUUUCCUCCUCCUCACCGUCUAGCCCCGGUAAACGGGGCCAACGCAGCGAAUACCCACUUCCCACCGAUAAAAAAGCUGGAAACGGUGCAAUGGGCGGACAAGAACAAGAUAAUGGUCCGGCGACGCCCUCAGGGACCCGCUUGGAGACCCCCGCGCCCGAUAAUGGGCCUGCCAACAAACCCUCCAAGUCCUCCAAGCGCAGGAAAAACCGCAAUCGCAAGCGUCGCAAUAGACACGAGUCGUUCCUUACGCCUGCUUCAGAGGAAGCUCAUGAAAGAGCGGGGACUGUUUCGGGGACUGGUGGUGCUAGAGAGACGAUGGAGGACGAGCAGCCGACGUCCAAGGAUAACCAGUCGUACUUCACUCUGCGUCGGCACCGAAGCAGUACCAGCAUCGAGAGCGAUGCGCUGCUGGAUCAUCGGGACCAACCCAUGAUGCGUCCUCGUCGGGACAGUCGGGUUGCGACUUCGUUCCGUCCCACUUCCCUUCUUGCCGGAACCUUUCGGUCCCACGACAGUCAAUCUCGCAGUACCCCGAGGAAUGGUCGAGUUCAGCAAUACCAGGAGGGAGAUAGUGAUGAAGCAGAUGCUACUGACCGUACGCCGCUGAUGCGUGCUGGCUCGGGCCUCGCAUCUGGCCUGUCUCGGUAUGGGACAGACUCGCGCUCUAGCCCAUUCACACGCCAACGCAGACCCUCCGUCCAGACAACAUCAUCUCGAUGCUCACCGCGAGGUCACUAUAGCCCACCCUACUCACUGGAUGUGGAGCGUGACUACGAUGUCAACAACCCACCGUCGAUUCCUGGGACGCCCAAAUUGGGCCCCGAUAUGAACUAUGACGAUGCGGUGGUAACGGGAGCCGAGUUUGACUUUACACUGGGGCGCUCGAUCGACACACGCAGGGAGUCACUCAAUCGAGUGAAUGAUGCUUUGAUCAACAUUGAGGGUGUAGGCCGCCAGUAUUCCGAACCCUCGUCACUCCACUCCGCUCAGUUCUCUCCGCAAGAGCUGCGACGCCGACGCACAGUUGCGCUGCCAGUUGAAGAGGAUGUCUGUUUUCCUACCGAAGAUGUCUCUGAGCUGGGCGAUGAAGAACGGAGGGCACCGAGAGGCGAACAAGGUGAACGCCGCAGGCGCAGACGACGACAGUGGCCAGAUCUGUCUGUUCUGGAAGAAUGGAGCCGUGAAGAGAAGGAAGAUCGCAGUGGCGGUUUGCGUGUGAAGAAGAUCAGCGAGCCCAUGUUUGUCGAAGGUCGGCUCCGACCUCAGUAUAAACUAUGGCGACGUGAGGAAGAUGAUGCGCCUUAUCGGUUUACCUAUUUCAACGAGGAGUUUCAGAGCACCAUUCACGCCCAGACAAUCUCUGAGUUGGUCCAACCCGGCGGUAGUUUCCGUGAAUUGUUCAUCCCCGAUCCGCCCGAGCUAGAAGAUUCGGAUUCAGAAGACGAGCCAGAAGUCGAUCCUUCUGUGAGUGGGAACGCUGCUUCUGGACUCGCUGGCGGGAAUCGAGGAUCAGGGUCUCACUUUGAAAGCCACUCUUCGAGUACUCACAAUGGCAAUACGAACGAUGGUACAGCGCCAGCUAAUUUGGAAACGCGAAAUGGUCACGAUUACGCCUCUGGCACAAUAAACGGCAAUCGUGCAAUUCCCAACCCGCGUCUGUCUGUUAUCAGCGAGGCCCGUCCUGGAUCUACCCGAGAAGCGUCGCCGUCGCACUCGAAUAUUCCCGAAAAGCCUAAGCGAUAUGGCCCACGGCCAACCUUCUGGCUGGACGUACUCUCCCCAACAGACGUAGAGAUGCGCGUCAUUGCAAAGGCGUUUGGGAUCCACGCCUUGACAGCAGAGGAUAUCAUGAUGCAAGAAGCUCGCGAGAAAGUAGAGCUAUUCCGCAGUUACUACUUUGUCAACUACCGCACCUUCGAACAGGAUCACAACAGCGAAAACUAUCUCGAACCUGUGAACAUGUAUGUGGUGGUAUUCAGGGAGGGUGUGCUGUCCUUCCACUUUUCGCAAACGCCCCAUCCCGCCAACGUGCGUCGUCGAAUCCGUCAGCUCAUGGACUACCUCAUCCUAAGCUCGGAUUGGAUUUCAUAUGCCUUGAUCGACGAUAUUACCGAUGUCUUCGGUCCCUUGAUUCAAGCGAUUGAAGACGAAGUCGACGAAAUUGAUGAACUGAUUAUGAAAAUGCACUCGUCCAAUAAGGAAGAUUCUUCCGAAAACGUCGCACCCUCAUUUGGACCGGGUGAGAUGCUGCGGCGUACAGGUGAAUGUCGCAAGAAAGUCAUGGGCUUGUACAGGCUGCUCAGUAAUAAGGCGGAUGUUGUUAAGGGCUUUGCCAAGCGCUGUAAUGAACAGUGGGAAGUAGCGCCCAAGUCAGAGAUUGGACUGUACUUGGGUGAUAUUCAGGAUCAUAUUAUGACGAUGACUGGAAAUUUGACGCACUAUGAGACGAUUUUGUCCCGUGCGCACUCCAAUUACCUGGCGCAGAUCAACAUUUUGAUGAAUGAGCGCCAGGAGCAGACUGCUGAUGUGCUCGGGAAACUGACGGUGCUUGGUACCAUCGUCCUGCCGAUGAACAUCAUCUGCGGUAUGUGGGGUAUGAACGUGAAGGUACCCGGGCAGGAUAUUGACGAUCUAUGGUGGUUCUUGUCGAUUACUGCCGGUUUACUCUUCUUCGGUCUUGCCUCGUUUUUGAUCGCCAAGCGGGUCUACAAGAUUGUAUAA